AUGGGCACGGCUCAUGCGGAAAUUGUCGCAUUAACUUUUGCUGAAAAAAACCAAGAAAAAAUAGCAGAAGUAGAAAAUUUUUUGAAAGUUUUUGCUCGUGCUAGUAAAGGAAAUGACACUAUAUCAGUUGGGAUUGAAGCCGGAUUUGCACAAAAAAGUCUUCCGGGUAAAUAUGGUAUUAGCGGCACUAAACUGGUUGCUGAACUUGAUGGUAAUGUUAGCAUUAGUCGUAAUUCCUCUGCCCCCCUUUACGAUGUCAAAAAUAAAUCACUUAAUUUAUCAGUAAACGGUUUGGUAUAUAAACAAAACGAAGGCACUCUAACCCUGGAAGUAGACCACCAAAUUGAGGAAGCCUUUUCUCGGGAAAAAUUCCCCGUCAAAAAGGUUAUUUUUCACAAUAAUUCCAGCCGAGUAGCCGAAUUACAUGACCUAGUAAAACAUAAUCUUGAUAACGGAGAAAAAAAUUUUACUUUGGAAAACUUGGAAAAUUAUUCGACCAUUGAAAAAUAUGAAGAAAUGAGUUUUGGCUUAGGUGAUUUUUUUUCUAAACUCACUCUAAAGGGAAAAUUAGCCAAACCUACUCAAUCGCCACCUCCCCCAACUGGUGGUGGCUCCCCGCCUCCGAAUGGUCCUAAACCUAAUGCUCCUGGUGACGGUCCUUCUCCUACUCCCCCUCCUACUAACGGCGGCCCAACUAGUCCUCCCACCAAUGGUGAUCCUGGGACACCACCAUUCCAAAGCCCCACCAAUAAUGAUAAUAAUGGCCCAAGUUCUCCUUCGCCGGUUAAUAUAGAAAAUGGCCCGGCUAAACCAACCCUAGAUAACUUGGCUAAUGAAGCCGAAGGGGUCCGCGGCCAUGAAUUGCUAAGAAAAUUAAUUGCCGGUGAAGAACUGCGAAAGCAAGGAAUAUUCGACCAAGCAAUUUAUGAGUCUCUGUUGGCCGAAAAGAAGAAAAACAGUCCAAUUUACCAAAUUUUAAAUCAACAACAACGAGUAGAUAAAUUGCUGCAAUUUUUUAGCGAGUUAAAAAGGAAACAGCAGCACCAAAAUAACAAAUUAGAAAAAAAUGCCAAGCCUGGUGCCAGUUUAUCCUUUUUAAAAAAUAUGGCCUUAUUUUGUAAAGAAUUUAAUAAUGAUGAAAAGGCAAAAGCAAAAAGCGGUGAACUAGUUAAUGUGGAAAUAACCUUAUAUGAUAAUAACAUUA